UAUAACACUCUGUUCAUAACAACGGUGUUUGAGGUUAGUAUUCUUUACACCAAGGAGUGCUUUGUGGAAGCAAUAUUGACUUGGUAGCUUGAGCAACACCGAAAAAUGGGUGGUGUUUGUUUUUGGGUAUUUGGGGUCCUUCUCGCAGGUGUACAAGCAGGCAAACGUACACUAAACGGUCGCCUUGUUGGUGGUCGACCAACCACCAUCCAAGAACACCCUUUCCAAGUGUCCGUCAUCUACAUCGACACCCAUCGCUGUGGCGGUUCCAUUUUAAAGUCCAACUACGUAUUAACAGCAGCUCAUUGCACUAACAAUGUUCCAGCCCAUCAUCUUUUCGUAAGAGCCGGAUCGACGCUGGUGGACAAAGGCAAGCAGCUGAUACAAGUGGAGAAAUAUUAUCAGCACGAAAAUUUUGACCCAAAUACCUACGAUUACGAUAUCUCGAUUUUGAAGUUAGAAAAAGGGUUGAAGUUUGGCGAUGGCGUAGCUGUUGCAGUUUUACCACCACAGAGUGAAGAUGAUAUCCCUGGAGGUAUCGUUGGGACGGUUACGGGGUGGGGAAGGUUGUCGCUCUAUGGUAUUCGACCCCUAGAACUGAAUGAAGUGGACUUGCCAACACUUAGCCCUAGGGAUUGUAGGCGGGAGUAUAAUGACACUGUAACAAAGAGGAUGUUUUGUGCUGGGUAUCUGAAAGGGGGAAAGGAUGCUUGUCAGGGUGAUUCUGGAGGUCCAUUUGUUAGUGAUGGUGUUCUAAUUGGAGUCACGUCGUGGGGAGAUGGAUGUGGAGCUCCUGAUAAUCCUGGGGUUUAUGCCAAAGUGUCGUAUUUUAGAAAAUACAUUGAUAAUAUUACCAAUAGCUGAAGCUUGUGCACACCCGAUUUUUAUGGUUGUGUUUAUGUUUACCAUUUUGUGAAAUAAUUUGUUGCUAUUAAAGAUUUCAUUAUUU